AUGAAAUGCCCUCUUUCAACUUCAAAAGAAAUCACUCAGUGACCGAAGACUUGGACUUCCAUUGGACGUUGGACUUGGAGAUAGCUGACAAGAGAAAAACGUGCUCGCCACUACAUGGUUUUGCAACACUCUCUCUCUCUCUCUCUCCCUGUUAGCUUUGCUUCUUGUUGCUGGUGCCUGGUGAGGAAAUUCUUUAUUAUCGUGAGGGAAAUAUCAAGUAAUUGCCUGCAUAUUUCCUUGAAUUAAUCUCACCACAGUUUUACCAAGAAAGCAACCAUCCAAAUAACUCGCCUGAUCCAAUCAAAAGAAAGCACUCAUUGAAAAGCAAAAGAAUCAUGCCGCUUUCUUUUAUGGGGUUCUUCCAUAAAGAAAUAAAAAAGAUAAAUGACUCCCAUUGGUGAAAAGAGAAACCGUGUUCUCACCACUACACGGUUUCCAAGUCUCUCUCUUUUUUGAGGCUGCUAGCUUUGUUUCUUCUUGUUGGGUUCUUGGCUGAUCUUGAGAAGUUGUAUAUUUUGAGAGUUUCUGGCUGGCUUGCUGGUAUUACAAAUUCUCUGGCUCUGUAAUUUUUUCGGGGUUGAGGUAACACUAAGCUAAACUUGUUGGCUUGCUUCGACUACAUUUCCAUAUCUGUUUUGUUCAGCAGCAGCAGAUUGCCAAAUGGCAUUGAGCACCCAAAGAGACCCUUCCUUUCUUCCUUCACCUGAUCAGUCUGCUCCUCAACCGAACUACGAUGUGUUUUUGAGUUUCAGGGGUGAGGACACUCGAAAUAGCUUUGUAUCCCAUUUAUACCACGAAUUGCAGCACAGAGGCAUUAAAACAUUCAAGGACGAUCCUAAGCUUGAAAGAGGGACACCUAUUUCUUCAGAGCUCUUCAAAGCAAUCGAAGAAUCAACGCUUGCAAUCGUUGUUCUCUCCCCAAAUUAUGCGUCUUCUUCCUGGUGCUUGGAUGAGCUUACAGAGAUUCUCCAAUGCAUGAAAUCUAAGGGCACAAUUCUGCCAGUGUUUUAUCAUGUGGACCCCGCCGAUGUGAGAAAACAAAGUGGCAGUUUUGCGGACGCCUUCGCUGAGCAUGAGAAAAGGUUUAGGGAAGACAUCGAUAAGGUGAAGCGCUGGAGAGAUGCUUUAACAGAAGUAGCCAAUUUAUGUGGGAUAGAUUCAAAGAAUGAGUUUGAAAGAAAGCUUGUUGAAAAGAUUGUUGACUGGGUGUGGGACAAAGUGCAUCACAGAUUCAAAUUGUUAGAUUCCAAAGGGUUAGUGGGAAUGAAGUUUAUACGUGAGCAAGUAGAUUUGCUUUUAGCUCAUCCUACGGAUGAUGUUCGCUUUAUAGGGAUAUGGGGGAUGGGCGGAAUUGGCAAAACAACCAUUGCUCAGCUAGUUUAUGAUAGCAUUUCUACCCAUUUUGAAGUUAGCAGCUUUCUUGCUAAUGUUAGAGAGGUUUCUCAACGUGGUUGUCUUGUUGAUCUACAAAGACAACUUCUUUCCCCAAUCUUAAAGGAUCAAAUUACUCAAGUUUGGGAUGAACAGUGGGGAACCUCUGUCAUUAAGAAUUGCUUGUAUAAUAAAAAGGUUCUUCUCAUUCUUGAUGAUGUGAGUGAAUCAAGCCAACUUGAAAAGUUGGCUGGUGAAAAGGAUUGGUUUGGUAAGGGGAGUAUAAUCAUUAUUACAACUAGAGAUAGACGGUUGCUAGAUCAACAUGAUGAUAUACAUAUACAAUAUGAGGUAGAGGCGUUAGGUGAUGAUGAUGCUCUUGAGCUCUUUAGUCGGAAUGCCUUUAAAAAAAAUGAGCCUGAGGAAGGUUUCUUGGAAUUGUCCAAGGGUUUUGUAAAUUAUGCCAGAGGCCUUCCACUAGCUCUUAAACUUUUGGGAUGCUUAGUGUAUAAGAGAGAUCAAGAUGAAUGGAAAAGUGAAUUGGAUAAGUUGCGGAAAAUUCCUAAGUCAGAAAUUUUUGAUUUGCUCAAACUAAGUUACGAUGGACUAGAUGAGAUGAACAAGAAUAUAUUUCUUGAUGUUGCAUUUUUUCAUAAGUGGAAGGGCAAGGGGAAAGUAAUUGAAAUACUAGACAGUUGUGGCCUAUGUGGUAAUAUUGGGAUAAAUGCUCUCGUUCAGAAAUCACUCUUAACUAUAUCAGAUGGGAAUGUUGGGAUGCAUGAUUUAAUACAAGAAAUGGCAUUGGAAAUUGUUCGUCGAGAGUGUCCUAAUGAGCCUGGUAGACGAAGUCGAUUGUGCAGUAAUGAUGAUAUUUCUCAUGUAUUCAUAAACAAUACGGCAACGGACAAAAUUAAAGGCAUCAUAUUACACAUGGCGACACCUGAAAAGGCAAAUUGGAAUUGUGAAGCCUUCUCUAAGAUGCUUAACCUGAAAUUUCUUGAAUUUGAUAAUGUGAUGAUUUCUUCAAGCCCCAGAAUUCUUCCUAAUUCCUUGAGAAGUAUCAAAUGGAGUUGGUAUCCUUCCAAAUUUCUCCCAUCAGGUUUUCAGCCGAAAUUCCUUAUUGCACUUGAGAUGCCUGUCAACAAACUUGUUCGGCUUUGGGAUGGAAGAAAGGACUUGCCCAACUUGAAAAAAAUGGACCUUCGUUACUCUAAAUACUUGACCACAACCCCAGAUUUCUCUGGCAUUCAGAAUCUUGAGGAGUUGGAUUUUGGAAGUUGUAAGAAUUUGGUUGAGAUUCACCUGUCAAUUGCAGAUCUCAAAUGUCUUAAAAGCUUGGGUCUUGGUUUUUGCACAAAAUUGAAAAAGAUUCCAGAAUUUUCAGGGCAAAUGAAAAACUUUUCAACGCUUGAUUUACAAGUGACGUCCAUUGAGAAAUUACCUUCAUCAAUAGGAUGUCUGGUUGGCCUUACUAGUCUGCUUCUAAAGGAUUGCAAAAAUCUCGCGGGUCUUCCGAGUGAAAUUUGUAAUUUGAAGUCACUUGGUGCACUCCAUGUGAAUGGAUGCUCAAAAAUUGACAAACUCCCAGAGAACAUGGGGGAGAUGGAGUGUUUACGUACGCUUCUACUGAAUGGAACUGCUAUAAGACAGCUGCCACGCUCCAUUGUUCGUUUGAAAAAACUGAAGGAUCUAUCUUUGGGUGGAAGUAGUGGAUCACAGCCUAAUAAUUCAAGGUUUUUGUGGUGCCUCCCCCGCUUCAAUGGAAGAAAGGCUUUUGUGUUGGCUUCGCUUGAUGGUUUAUUCUUGAAGAAUUUGAAUCUGAGUAAUCGUGGACUUUGUGAAGGGGGUCUUCCCAGUGAUAUUGGCUGCUUGUCCUAUUUAGAAGUAUUAAAGCUUAGUGGAAACAAUUUUUUUAGCCUUCCUGCAAGCAUUGGAUGUCUUUCUAAGCUUAAGGUAUUUUGGGUGAAUGGGUGCCAAAGGCUUCAACAAUUGCCAGAUCUUUCUAAGCUUAUCUCAUUAGUGGAUAUAGACAUAGCCGGUUGCACUUCCUUAAAAAUGUUACCACAUCUUUCGUCAAAUUGCUCAUUAAAAAUGUUACCACAUCUUUCGUCAAAUUGCUCAUCAGUGGAUAUAAACAACGAAAUAUAUUUUAGUGGGUUUAAUUGUACCAAUUGCUUUGUAUUGGUUGACAAUGAAGGCUGCGAUAGUAUAAUACUGAAAAUGCUACAGAGAUACCUUCAGCUUCAGCUUCAGCUCCCUUGUCCUUCUUUCGAAAUUGUAACUCCUGGAAGGGAAAUUCCAGAGUGGUUCAGUAGUCAAAGUUCGGGAGAUUCCCUAACUGUGGAGCUACCUCCAGAUUCAUGUACCACGUGGAUGGGAAUUGCUUUAUGUGCUGUGUUUGAAGUUCAGGCUGAUCUUUCUGAUUUUCAUUAUUCUGAAAUUAGCUGUUCCGCACAAGAAUUGCUUUAUGGAGUAUUUUCAAAAUAUUUUAAAAAAGGCGAAGUUGUGUCACCUCACCUUUGGGUAAUUUAUGUACAUCGUGAACAAUUUGAGACAAAAUGUGGUCAGAUAAAGGUUUUGUUAACAACUAAUUAUUAUUGUUAUGACCGAAUACGGCGGAUAUACGAAAAAUCUGGCACGUGGGAGAUGAAAUUUGGGUUUCGUUUGGUGCACGAGCAAGAUGUGGAACAACUCAACCAGAUCAUGAUGAACAAAUCCAUCAUCAAGAGCACUACUACUUGUCCUACCAAAUCAGCUGAUGCACAAGGUCAACAACGCCACGAUGACCAGGAGGCUGGUCCUAGUCGAAGUGGUAGCUCUCACCAAAAAUCUCUCUUCUGCAAUGCCUAUGCUCUUUUCGAAGAGGCAGACCAAGAAGAAUUAAAUGAUGAUGAUGACGAUGAUGAUGAUGUUGUUGUUGACGAAGCUCAGCCCAGAAAAAGAAAAAGGAUCGAUGUGUUUGGGACUGACCUAUGAUUCGUCACUUUCAAAGCAAAAGGCAUCACAGCUGCUGCAUUUCAAUUCAAUUACAUAAUAACAAGACUACUGCUGUUGAAGCCAGCCAAUUGUGUCAUGCAGUCAACCAAAAUUUGGGGUCCUGAUGCCAUGGCCGGUACUGGGCACAAUGCUAAUGUGCAACUUGAACUGAUCGAAAGUCGUUGUGUGCUUAUUGCCUAGGUUUGCAUGAAAUUUGCACCUCAAGAUCACCUACUUGGUUCUUAUCGACACAACUUCUGUGACUUUUUAAACUGCUCUAUUCUGUUUUGUGCAGGAUGGAAUAGGCCAACAAGAAUUCUCAAUCAGGCGCGUAAACAUUUGCAUUGAAUCGAUCUAAAACCGACCAAUUGCUUUGUCGGAACUCCUCCCCUGUCUGCUUCAUUGAUCAUCUCUUUGAUAGUUUGUGCAAUCUCUUUCAAUUAUGCAGUCUUCUCUUAUUUAGCAUCUCUCAAUUUUAAAUUGUUCAACAUACUGGAAUUUUGAGAGGUUCAUUUACAUCAGAAUAUGUUGAGCAGAAUUUGGGAGAGCUAGUUCUAUUUUGAAUAAAACUACAGUAACUUUUUAUUUGGAGAUUGGUAAUUUAUGAAGGAGAAGGUGUUUAUCUAGCCAGAAUGAACUCACAUUUCCACAAAAAAUAGAGGAUAUAGUAUUUAUUUUAAUAUUCACACAGUAGUCUGUCUUGAUAACAUUUUCACGCAAGGGAAAUCAUUUGAGAU